UACCUGUUCAGCGAGAAAACGCUUGAAGAGCACCUGAGAAAAAGUGCGAGAGACGGUACGUGGGCAGAGACAGUUGAUAUAUUCAGUUGUGCAACUGUACUUCAGUGCCCUAUUGUCACAUUUACAGUGUCAAGCAAGAAAUGGAUAACGUUCGAACCACGUGUGAAAUGCCCCGCAAAAAUUGCUCACAAUCGGUCUUGUGCCUGUCCUUUCACAUUAAUUUUACACGAUCUGUACCCUACAGUCAAUCACUUCAACCUUUUGGAACCAGAAGGGGAUUGUUGUAAAACAGCCAGACCUCAAAAUCAGCCCACAAAAUAUAAGGUGGAUCUGCAAAACGAUGAUGGUACCUCACCUGUAAUCCCCUGUGAUAUUAAUUUACCAAAACUAAAUAAACAAAAGCGGAAAUUACCUAAAGCAAGCAAGCAACCCAAGCUGAAUGACUGUGGUUCGAAAACAAAAAAGCAGGCUUUAGAACCAAAAAACAGUGGUGUCAAACCUAAAAUUAAAACCACCUGUACCAAACCAACAUGUGAUGACCAAAGCUUUAAAUUAAAACCCAGUAAUAUGCACCAAAGAAAAAGUAAGCACCCAGUGAAGCCCAUUAAACAAAAAAUAAAAGAUAAACAUGUGAAACACCAAGCCAAACCCUGUAAGUCUGGAAUUAAAGAUGAACCACCUAAACGAGAAAUGAAAGAUAAAUAUAUGAAGAACCAUGUAAAACCCUGUAUGCCACAAAUGAAAGAUGAACAGACAGCCAAACUGGAACAUGAAGAAGUGCCAGAAUUCUCUGCAAUGCGAGUAAAAGAGUUAAAAGAGUACAUACAAAAGCGUGGUGUACCAGUUUCAACGUAUAAGAAACAAGAUCUUAUUCAGUUGGCACAUUCUCUACAUGAUAUGAAUGCUAUUGUUGAUCCAGACUUUAGAGAAGAUUCUAUUGAACAGGCAUUGAAUGACCGUUUAACUUUACCUGCUGGGGGGAAUGUUCCUAAUCCAUUCAAAAUCAAAAACCUUUCUAAUGAUUUUUCAUCACUGCCAAACUUUGGCUUGAUGGAUAUCUUUAAUCAUUUAAUUAUGAGCUGUGCAGAAUAUGAUAAAGAUAAACUGGCUUCAUGGCGUAGUUUCGAGGAGUAUGCUCUAUGUCAAAAUGGCCAUGUUCAAUCAAUGCAGAACAUGGUCAUAUUUGACAAAGAUGAUAGCAAAUAUCACCUUGUUACUGCCCAAGUCAUUCCAACCCAAAAAGAUAGCACGCCAGAAGGAGACAAAAUGUACAAGUUAUGGUAUAUCCUUAAACCAAAUGGAGCCAUCUAUUCAGCAUUUUGUAAUUGUAAAGGUGGAGCAGAUCAAGGUUGUAGACAUCUUGGUGCAGCCUUGUUUGAGUUGGAUGAUUUUCUUUCUCAUGAAAGACCAUCCGUGACAUCACUACCUGCAUACUGGUACCCAAAACGCAAGCCAGACACAAAACCAGUACCAUUUAUGGAUAUGAAAAUGUCUCAUACCCCUGGGCUACAUAGCAAUAGAGUAGUGACAAACUAUGAUGAGUCUUGGAUAGAUUCAUUUGAUCCUAGACCAACUAAACAAAGAGAUGAUCUACCUGAUGAAAAGCAACUGGAAUUUGCAAAGCAACUUAAAGACAUUGAUAAACAUUCUGGAAUACUUGAUUACUUAGGUUUAAAGCAAAGUAAUCUUGAUCUAAAUAAUCUUGAGUCAAGCAGUUCGGAUGCCGAUUCAGACUGCAGUUUUGAAACAGAUAUAUAUCCUUUUACCAUUACUGCUAGACUAGAGACAUUUUCCAUAGAUCAUGACAUUAAUGAAGAAAAUGUUGACAACAUGGCCCAGCUUUUUGUGGAUAAUCUAAGUGUUACACAAGAGGAAAUAUAUACUGUAAGUACAGCCACUAUUGGUCAACAUACAAAUCCUAAUUGGCAUGAAAUGCGACACCUACUUGUGACUGCAAAAAAGGUAAAAGGCCUUUAUACUAGGCAAAAAACUGUUGAGAAGAACCCUAAUGAAGAUGUAACAAAAACUGUGCAUAAUUUCCUAUCACCUACAAAAAUGGAAAAAUAUCCACCAGCAAUACAACAUGGAAUAGAUAAUGAACCAGAUGCUAAAAAGUAUUACAUUAGAGCAAUGACAAAAAAACAUAGAAAUUUGGAGUUAGAAGAACCUGGGUUAGUAUUGAGUGGGAAACAUGGGUGGCUUGGUGCUAGCCCAGAUGGUUUACGAAAAUGUGGUUGCUGUCCACUCACCUUGGUGGAAAUAAAAUGUCCUUACAAGGGAUUUGAUAUGGAUCCGAAAGAAGCCUUUCUUUUAGAUACAAUUGGGGGGGGGUGUUGACAAGAAUGGCAUAUGUUUUCUAAGAAGAAACCAUAUACAUUAUUUUCAAAUUCAGACUGGAAUGGCUGUAUGUGGUGUAGCACAAUGUGAUUUUAUUGUGUUCACCAAUAAAGGUAUACAUGUUGUUCAAGUUGACUUUGAUGAAGAUUUUUGGGAGUCAACCAUCAGUA